UUUUAGUUGACCUAUUUCGACAUAUAAUAAUAUUUGUACUGUAAAAUUUGAAAUUUCUAUGGUAAAAUGUCUAAACCAAAAUGGGAUUUCAGAGACAUAUCAUUAGGUUUACAAAUAUUGCGUGAGUUUCUUUUAGGAAGGAAACAUACUUUGCACGGUCGUUUUCCACCAAAAAUGGCAUCUAGGACUAUCCCACCUCCGGACAUACCACGAGGGCCGGAUGAUAGAUAUUCGAAUCAGUACUAUUUCAAGAGAAAUGCAUUCAAUUCUGUGAAGCCUCCAGUGGUGGCGCCAAUAGCUGAAGGUCUGCCGAUGAACAGAGAUCCAACUAAGAAGGUCGAAUCUGAUGGUGUGAAACCGGAUGCGGUGUGCUUCAGCUAUUUACCGAGUCCAGGUACUGCAUGGUGGUGGGAUGGGCACUGCUACUAUGAGUGCGUCCCUGAUCCCGAACCUCCCCCGCCGCCGCCAUGCCCGCCUCCUCCGCCCGAACCUAAAGACUGCGCCACACCGCCGUCGCCACCUCCCUGUUCUCCCUGUGACCCCUGCCAGCCGUCUAAUGAACCCCCGUGCCCUCUAACACCAGAUAAAAUACCAAAGCAUUGAAGGCGCUAUUUCAUGCAAAUUCGAGAAUAUUCUAUUCUAUAU